AAUGGGUUAAUGUAAAUGUGCUACAUAAUGUUGUUAAAAAGAUGAAUUAACAUCAUAAAAAAUAUCUACCAGAUCCAUUUAAGUUUCCAUUAAACAUCAUAAACAUUAAAAAGAUUAAACAUCAGAUAAAAUAGAUGCACUUAUUCAAGAUGAUUUAGACUCAGGCAUAAUGAAAAAUUCAAUGCAUAGUAAAGUUUCAAUUUAAGAUAUCUCCAAAAAUUUGAUUUCAACUCAAUAACCAAUACCAUAAUAAGUUAUAGAAACUAUUUAAAAUAAAGAACGCAAAUUACUUCCAGUACAUUUACAAUUUAAUUAGAUUAUGUUAAUGCCAAAUGGAACCAAAUAUGAAGGACAAUGGCUUAAUGGUAUGAGAGAUGGUUAUGGAAAAUAAAUAUGGCCAGAUGGAUCAAUAUAUGAAGGUUAAUGGAAAUAAGAUAAAUCAAAUGGAUAAGUAAGCGACUCUUUAAUAUUAAGGGAAAAUUAAUUCAUGCUGAUGGAGAUAUAUAUGAUGGAGAAUGGGUUGAUGAUGCAGCUUGUGGUAAAGGAACAUAUGUGCAUUUUAAUGGAGCAAGAUAUGAAGGUGAAUGGUUGAAUGAUAAUUAACAUGGUUAUGGUAUUGAAGUAUGGCCUGAUGGAGCAAAGUAUGAAGGUCAAUAUAAGUAUGGUAAAAAGAAUGGUAAAGGAUAAUUAACAUUUGUUGAUACUGCUAAUUAUGAAGGUAAUUUUCAUCAUUAAAUUAAAGGUAAUUUCAUUGAUAAUGAAAUUUCUGGAUUUGGUGUUUAUAAAUGGCCAGAUGGAAGAGAAUAUAUUGGUUAUUGGUUAGAUAAUAAAAUGCAUGGAGAAGGUACUCUUAAAUGGCCAGAUGGAAAAUAAUAUAAAGGAGUAUUUUGUUUGAUUAUUAAAGAAUUAUUAAUAAGAUAAAAAAUAAGGUAGAGGUGUAUUCUAUUUUGGAGAUGGUCGGAAAUAUGCAGGAACUUGGAUUAAUGGAAAAUAAUGUGGUAUUGGAAUAUAUUAUCAGAGUGAAAACUAAUAUAGAAUAGGAAUGUGGUAAAAUGGAUAAAGAACUAAAUGGCUUAAGGAUGAAGAAAUGGAAAGUAAUAAGGAGUAAAUCAAUUAACUAUUAGAAUUAUGA